AUGAACUUAAUGAAAUUAAUAAUUAUUUCUCACUUUAGUAAGUCAUUUUUGCGAGAGUAUGUAAGUCAUCAAUUUUCCAUUGAGAUUGCAAGAAUGUUAUCACUUGGUCGUGUCGCUGCUGCAGGAUGUCGAAGUUGCCAAACAAUAUUGCGUGGUUUGUUGAACCCGGAAAGUGGCAUGUUUGAAAGUCGAGCAAAUUUUAAGGUCCGACAGCAGCUGAAACUUCGAUGUUUAUAUUGCUACUUUAUUCGAGUUGAUGGUCGUUGGGAAGUGCGAUGUACAGAAUAUGCUAAACAUCACCAGAAAGAACCGUUUAAUGUGAAAUUGUUAUGGUGA